UCAGCCAGGUGCAGUACUCCCGUUAUCAAGUCUUUAUCGACGUUAUACACUAACGCCACCUACCGUGAGAACACGCGUACUGCGGCAUGAUAGCGAAUUUGAGGUUAUUUGUGUCGGUAUUAUCUUCUGCUGCGCAAAGAAGGCACAUCAUGGCUAAACGCACGCAGCCAAAAUGGGAACCUCCCUCCAAGACUCCUGUACCAGUUUUAAAAUUGUACAACAGCCUUACUCGACAGAAAGAAGAAUUCAUUCCUCAAGGUGGGAAGAAAGUUACGUGGUACAGCUGUGGACCAACUGUAUACGAUGCUUCUCACAUGGGUCAUGCUAGAUCUUACAUAUCUUUUGAUAUUUUACGCCGUGUUCUCUCAGACUACUUUAAAUAUGAUGUCCAAUAUGUUAUGAAUAUUACUGACAUAGAUGACAAAAUUAUCAAGAGAGCACGGCAGCAUUAUUUAUUUGGUCAGUAUUUAGAAAAGGAACACAAGUUACCACAAAUUCUUGAAGAUGUUGAUGCAGUUGUCAAGAAAUUAAAAGGAAACAUCCAAAACACUACUGAUCCCGACAAAAAAACAAUGCUUGACCAGAUGUUGAGCCGUGUGGAACUUGCUGUAGGUGAAGUAGAAUCUGCUGUAAAAUCUGGAGACCAAAAUAAAAUUAUUUCAGCAAGAGAGCUCUUGUUAAAUGUUGCCAAAGAUCCACUGUCCGACUGGUUAGAUGGAAGUUUAGGGAGCUCAGUAACUGAUAACUCAAUAUUCAAUGAACUUCCCCGCCACUGGGAAAGUGAAUUUCAUAAAGACAUGGAUUCUCUUAAUGUAUUAAGGCCGAAUGUACUCACCAGAGUCAGUGAGUAUGUGCCAGAGAUUGUUGAUUAUAUCCAAAAAAUUAUUGAUAGGGGUCUAGCAUAUGAAGCUGGAGGCUCAGUGUACUUUGAUGUAGCCAAAUUUGAUGCACAAGCAAACCAUCAUUAUGCUAAACUUGUCCCUGAAGCAUUUGGAGAUGAAAAACAACUACAGGAAGGCGAAGGCGACCUGAGUGUGGGCAAUGAUGGAAUAAAUGAGAAACGGUCUGCCACUGAUUUUGCUCUUUGGAAGAAGUCUAAAGCUGGAGAGCCAGUGUGGGAUUCUCCUUGGGGAAAAGGUCGUCCUGGCUGGCACAUUGAAUGCUCUGUCAUGGCUUCAGCCAUAAUGGGAUCAUCUAUUGACAUCCACACUGGAGGCGUUGACCUAAAGUUUCCUCACCAUGACAAUGAAUUAGCCCAGUCUGAGGCUUACUUUGACAAUGACUGUUGGAUUCGUUACUUCUUACACUCUGGUCAUCUGACAAUAUCUGGCUGCAAAAUGUCCAAGUCAUUAAAAAAUUUUGUAACUAUUCAAGAUGCAUUGAAAAAACACUCUGCAAGACAACUGCGCUUGGCUUUCCUUCUGCACUCAUGGAAAGAUACAUUGGAUUAUAGUGAAAACACUAUGGAAGUUGCAAUCACCUAUGAAAGGAUGUUGAAUGAAUUUUUCCUUAAUGUCAAGGAUCUAUCUAGAAAUGUUGGUCAACAGACUACAAAUGAUUCAUUCCAAAAAUGGAGCAGCAAAGAGCUGGAACUGAACCAAAAGUUUUCUGAAGCAAAAGACUUGGUUCAUAGUUUCUUGUGUGAUAAUGUUGAUACCGCUGGUGCUCUGAAAGCCUUAAGAGAUCUUGUAUCAACUUGCAAUUUGUACCUAGGGGACAAAUCACCCGAUUUUUCAGCCAAUGCACUUCUUCUCAGAGACAUUGCAUCAUACAUAACUGGAAUGCUUCGCACUUUUGGAGCUCUCUCUUCUGAUUCAACUAUAGGUUUUCCACUUGCCUCAGCAAGUAGUUCUGGUUUUGAUUUGGAAGAGACAGUUAUGCCGUAUGUUCGCAUACUAGCUGAAUUCCGUGAUGGUGUCCGCACCCAAGCUCGUGAGACAAAAGAUGUGGAAAUUUUGAAGCAGUGUGACAAUCUCAGAGACAAUAUCCUACCUACUGUAGGAGUCCGUCUUGAAGAUCGGGAGGUUCCUCCAGCUAGAGUGAAGCUUGUUGAUAAAGAGACUCUGCUCAAAGAGAGGGAAGCCAAGCAAAAAUUAGAAGAAGCAAAGGCAGCAGAAAAGGAAAGAAAAAAGAAUGAACUUGCCCAAGCAGCUGCAUUGAAAGAGGCAAAACGGAAAAUAGCCCCAAAUGAAAUGUUCCUUCCAGAAACAGACAAAUAUUCAAAGUUUGAUGAAAAUGGCUUGCCAACUCAUGACAACACUGGUAAAGAAAUAAGUAAAGGUCAACAGAAAAAGUUACAGAAAUUACAAGCUACUCAAGCUAAACUUCAUGAAGAAUAUCUUGCAUCUAUCAAAUCAUCUUCAUAACAAUUCCAGAUCUCUGUAAACUUUUAAAAUUUAUUUCAAUUAAAAAUAAGAGGUCAGGUACCUGUAAUCUGUAGCAAUCCUAUUUUGAACGAAAACUUUUUGCUUACUAUGAUUGUGAACAUUGGUGCUUUAAAAAUUGAUAAAUUUAAAGAUAAUUAUUCUAUUACUUAAUAUUGUGGGGUUUUUAUUUCUUCCUAAAACAUUUUGUAUGAGCUUGUCCAAAGAUUGCAUGCAUAUGCAUAGGUAUGAGGCUGUCCUGAAUUUGACAAAGACUGAUAUGAGUACUUUAUCUUAACUUCAAGUUUUAACAAAAAUAUUGGGGCAGGCUCUGUUAAUUGUUUCAAUUGAAUGAAAUCAUAAGUGGCUUAUAGGGAUUUUCAUUCAUAUCCAAUUUUUGGGUUUGUUUUUGUAUAAAAAAAUAUUGAACAUCAGCUUAUAUUUUUAUCUUGGAUUUAAUUUUUGUACAACUAUUUACCAGUCAAAUAAAAUCUUUAACCAAAACUAAUAA